AGAGAGAGAUCUACCUAGGAAAAAGAAAAGGGAAGGGUGAAAUGAAAUUUAUAGUCCUUGUAGUUUCUCCAAUUUUUCACCUUGGUCCAUGUAGUUCCAAUGUUCUCAAUUAAGGGCCUCUGGUUUAAUCAAGUUUGCAAUCAACUCUAAUUCGUUAAGUCUGUCAAAUGAGUUGACCGAAAGAUGAUGGAAGUGUUUUCUGCCUGACCCAAAUUGUCUAUGUUAUCCCUGCAAGUGCUAAGUAUGUAUUGCUUGCGUUAUCUUUUCAUCCUUGACAAAUUUAAUGCAUUGUUGUUGAUUUCCAUUUUAAGUAAACUAAUGUCUUUAUUGCCAAAAUUGAAACUACAUGGAACAAAGUAGAAAUCAAGAAUACUAUGAGAAUUAUGCAUGUUAUUUGGCCAAAAAGAAAAACCAGCAGUAACCGUCCAUUACUGUCUCCAAUGCAUCUUUUACUUUACUGUUUUUCAUAAAAAAUAUUCUUCUGCUUAGUAACGUACAUACUUUUGUCAAAGGUCCGCGACUUUUAUUGAUACAGAAUACUUUCCUAAUUGACGUGUCAGAGUCUUAUCUUUAUAAGUCAUAGCUAAUUCAUAUUUAGUAAUUGGGAUUCUCUACUCAUUAAGAGGCUAUCUGGGCUUUGCCAAAAUCUUUCCCAUUUAUUAUUUUACCUAUCCCAGUCCUCUCAACUGUGAACGAGUGCAUUCAAGGCUAGAGAUAUUAUGCAUUUGUCAAGUUUUGUAUGGUUCAGGAUAGGGAUGUCAAACGAAAAUGACUAGAGUCUUUGAUUUGUCCAAAUCAAGCGUUGCCAUUACAGGUACGCCCUUGAACUUACAUGGACUGCGAUGCAUUGUAUUGUACAUCUUCUUAAUUAUCGUAUCUGGCAUGCUUUGUGGCCAUAUCAAGUUAGAUGUGAAUUGUUAGAAGCGCUCUCUCUCUCUCUCUCUCUCUCUCUCUCUCUCUCUCUCUCUCUCUCUCUCUCAAGCUAAAGGUUAAAAGGAUAGAAGUAAGGCUGUGUAAGAUUUUAUCCUUUACUCCAGUUGUUCUUCCGAUACUUUACCUCCAAUUCUCAAAGAUAACCAAAUAACUUUCUGUUCUUCAACGAGUGAUCCCAUCUAUGGACGGCCAACAAGACAAUGCUAUUCAACCAUUUGAUGAAGCAUGGUUUGAUGUGGCUAAUCCAUGUGGGAAAGAAUUUGAACUGCCAAAUGCCUCUUCUCCUAUCCACCCACGAUGGAGUGACAACAGCAACAACUUGGUUUUCUUGCAAGACCAACAGCUUCAUACUCCAGAUAUACUUGAACAUUCUUAUGAACUGGAGACAAUCAGAUCUUCUUGUGCUGGAAAUCAAGUGGAUUCUUGUCCAAUCAGGGAAAUGGGGACUUCAAUAGCCAACUUUGUUCCAAUAGUCAAUCCACAAGAAGGUACUUCCAUAGGUAACCAUAAGGUCCACUUUCCUAGAUCAACUGGUGUACUUAAAUCUGAAUUUGAGGGUGUCUUUCCUGAGGUAAAUCAACAUGUUUAUGCGCCCACCUCUGCUAGCUAUUCUUGGAAGGGAGUAGAUAUUAAUUUCCCUUUAAGAAAUCAAGAGUCUCAUGCCGUUAACUCUACCAAUUCACCAUCCAUUAGUUCAACCGAGUCCUUGUGUUUGAAAAACAAUCCAACCCAUGCUCCCAGAUUUCCUAAUACAUCUCUGUUUGGCUCAGGUGUCUACAUCCCUCCUAAUAAACAAUUAACUCACUUCUGUACUUCAUCAAAUGCAUUUCGAUUAAAUUCAGAUGAUUACAUCAUCAAUGAUCAUGUCUGCUCGGGAUUCCACUUUACUAUCCUCGGUCUAAUUUCUAGCUCUGGAUCCUCAUCUUCUUUUGGAUCAAGUGGCUGUCGUCCUGUGAGAAACCAGGAAAUCAGAUCUUCUAGCUUCACUGGUUCACCAUCCUUACAAAAUGGCUUGUCUGUUCAGUCGAAUCAAGUGGCUUACAAAUUUGGGGGUAGUGCAAAUGGGGACAUAAAUCAUGGUCCAAGCCACCUUCAGGCUGUUAGCCAUGGUACAGGAAUUACAUCAAAUGUGCCCGUCCCAGUGGAAAACCAAGUAGAAACAUCAACCCGAGCUCCUCAGUCUAAUUGUCACGGUUCAGAAAAGAACCGAACCUUUGGUCCUAGCUCAUCGAAGAAUGGUCGUUGUGAUGUAAAAUACACAUGCAAGAUCUGUAAGAGAGAAUUCCCUAAUUAUAAUUUCUUAGGAGGGCAUAUGAGUUUUCAUGCAAAGAUGAAAAAGGCGAAGAGAAAAUUGGACAGCUAAGAAGAUACCUCGCACAUAAACUCCUUUGGGUCAAGUAAUGUAUCAAGGGCCAUGAAGAUUAACAUUCAGGAAAGUGACUCCUAAAAUAAGGUGAAACAGGGAUUACAGCUAAGAAGAUGCCUCUCACAUAAACUCCUUUGGGUCAAGUAAUGUAUCAAGGGCCAUGAAGAUUAACAUUCAGGAAAGUGACUCCUAAAAUAAGGUGAAACAGGGAUUACAGCUAAGAAGAUGCCUCUCACAUAAACUCCUUUGGGUCAAGUAAUGUAUCAAGGGCCAUGAAGAUUAACAUUCAGGAAAGUGACUCCUAAAAUAAGGUGAAACAGGGAUUACAGCUAAGAAGAUGCCUCUCACAUAAACUCCUUUGGGUCAAGUAAUGUAUCAAGGGCCAUGAAGAUUAACAUUCAGGAAAGUGACUCCUAAAAUAAGGUGAAACAGGGAUUACAGCUAAGAAGAUGCCUCUCACAUAAACUCCUUUGGGUCAAGUAAUGUAUCAAGGGCCAUGAAGAUUAACAUUCAGGAAAGUGACUCCUAAAAUAAGGUGAAACAGGGAUUAUUAUUCCCCUCCAGAGAAGAAUUUUAGGGCGAAACAUUCCCCUUCUGUAUGAGAUUGUGAAAAAUGGAUGUGACCACACAAGAGAUUAAGGGAAGAAACGUCCUCACCAAAGGAUAUUGUGGAGACUAUGCAAAAUUUCAAAAGAACUGUCUUCGCCUAGGAUUGAGCAUAAGGGAGGCCUGACAACAUUUUAUCCCCGCCGGCA